GUGCUCUGGUUGUUGUAGUUCCUAUGUGGAGUAAACCUGUCAAUCCGAGGAUUGCAGAAGUACUGUGUUGAUAAUCCGUCUGCUCUUCCCCUCUACAUAUCGAGCUGCUGGCACAGUUCGUGACAUUGGACUAACGUUACCUGAAUGUUGGGAGUCGGUAAAUUGUUAUACUAGCUAGUUAUUGAAUUUAGCGUUAGCCAACAGCUAGCUAGUUAGCAGCAGAAAGCACACCAACUUCACAGUCAGUAGGUAGCAAAGAUUUUCCUAGAACACUGCCUAUGAGCUAGUUUGCAACAGUAACGUUAGCUAUUUCUACACUGCAAACCCCAGGCCAAGCACAACGACGCAGAAACACACCACCCGACCUUUCUACCUCCUUGUAGUGCCUAGUGGAUGGACGCUGCCCUGUGGUGGAAAAUGGAAUUGGCGUGAAUUGCAUUCAAUGUAGACUCACUGGGGAGAGACUGAUCUAUGACAGACAGCCACGGGAUGGAGGCCCACAGCUCAAGCCGGUCCAGCCUGUCCAGGAAGAGGAGGAGAGAUGGGUCUAACGGAGAGACCGAGGAGGUAGAACGGCCUGGGAAAGUCCCAAGAUCCACCGUGGGUUUAAAAGAUCCCGCCCCCUAUGCUGAUGAGCUGGAGUCGGCUGAGGACACUCCAUACCUGCGAGUCAGUAUGGAGGAGGCCAAGAGGGGAACUCCAUUUGAUAGGCCAGUUCGGGUGUAUGCAGAUGGCAUCUUUGAUGUGUUCCACUCAGGCCAUGCCCGGGCCCUCAUGCAGGCCAAGGGUCUCUUUCCAAACACACACCUCAUUGUGGGCGUGUGUAGUGACGACUUGACACACAAGUUCAAGGGGUUCACGGUGAUGAACGAGGACGAGCGCUACGACGCAGUCAGCCACUGUCGCUACGUGGACGAGGUCGUCAGGAACGCGCCCUGGACACUUACGCCAGAGUUCCUCUCCAAGCAUAGAAUCGACUUUGUUGCCCAUGACGACAUCCCAUAUACAUCAGCAGGCCAGGAUGACGUUUACAAGCACAUCAAGGAGGCAGGCAUGUUUGCGCCUACCCAGCGGACAGAGGGAAUCUCCACCUCGGACAUCAUCACGCGCAUCGUCCGCGACUAUGACGUGUACGUGAGACGCAACCUGCAACGCGGCUACACGGCCAAGGAGCUCAACGUCAGCUUCAUCAAUGAGAAGAAGUACCACCUGCAGGAGCGUGUGGACAAGGUGAAGAGGAAGGUGAAAGAUGUGGAGGAGAAGAGUAAGGAGUUUGUGCAGAAGGUGGAGAACAAGAGCAUCGACCUCAUCCAGAAGUGGGAGGAGAAGUCCCGGGAGUUCAUUGGCAACUUUCUGCAGAUGUUCGGCCCUGAGGGAGCACUGACUGAGAUGCCACCUCUCUCUCUCUCUCUCUAGAAGCACAUGUUGAAGGAGGGCAAAGGCCGCAUGCUGCAGGCCAUCAGCCCCAGACAGAGCCCCAGCAGCAGCCCCACCCGCGAGCGCUCCCCCUCGCCCUUCUUAAACAAGGCCUCACCUUCCCCUCCAUCCCACCACAGCGCAGCACGGGGAUACCCCAUCAGCGAGGAUGAUGAGUCUGAUGAAGAUUAGGGCUCCCAUUUUUUUUUUUUAUCUUGGUCUGUUAAUCCCACCCCUUGGCCCAUCAACAAUAUCAGCAUUCAACCCCUCCAAACAAAUUAUCAGUGUGUCCACUUAUAUCUGUAUAGCAUUGUCCCUCAUUUCAUUUGCUCUACCCGUUUAAUUUUUUCACUCCGUGUCCAUUUUCUUAUGGACUGUACUACUUUGUCAGUCCGAGGGGGGUUAAUGCACAUUGUUGCGGUCACAUCUCUUAGUUUUAUUCAGUCAGUAACCACUGGAGGCAUUUGGAGCUGUGUGUUCAUUACCCUUCAUGUUACGUUUGUCACUAACAUUUUCAUUUGACAUUAUCAAUGAUUCCUCACUGAUAGGAACAUUUCUGAUGCACGCUUCCUACUCAAGAUGUUAAUCUUAGCGAGGUGAUUUUAUUUUGUUAACCUUGAGUUUAGUGGGGAAUUCAAGUGUGUCCCCCUAUUGUGGGGUGUUUGGUGCACUGUUGAAAUUCCUUCUCAGCAGAGUUGAGUCUUUUUCUUUGCAAUGUAGGAACCAUCAGUCCCUUAAACUCCCCUCAAAGUGUUAGUGUCUGAGUGUGUGCAUGUAUGUGUGUAGGCAUGUCCUCCAUCCAUGGACUGACCUGGAUUCAGCACAUUAUAAUGCUUAGUUGGUUUUGAUGGUCAGUCUUUGGACAGUGGAUUUUAAAGUAUAGUGCCCAGCAUUUGAACUAGGGCUCAAAGGAAAACUUUUCAGGAGGUUCUAGUCAAACCCCCAAAAACAAUGUGCCCAAUAGCAAGACUUCAUUUUAAAAACGACUGGAAUACAAUUGUAUCCCAUCUCUCCCUCCUGUAUUUGGGCAUUGCUUGUUUUUGGCUGUUGGCCCACCCCUUACUGGGCUUUGUCUCCAUGGUGGCAAAGCAGGAGUGUUUGUUUUAUUUCCUAUAUACAGUAGGCUAGCUGAAAUAUGGGAUUAUUGUAACUGUUAGAUUUUAAAGAAUCAGUCCAGUAAAAUGUAUCAAUUAAAAUUGCUUCUCAUUAGAGGUAUGGGCUAUAGAUCACUUGGUGGCAAGAGUUGUCUAACUAUAUACAUGGAUACAAGAACAUUGUUUUAAGCAUUAUUUUACUGUUUGAGUUGAAUUUGUUUAGCUCCUGAAUGAGCAGGGCUAAGAGAAACGAGUAGAACAUGUAAAUGGAAUUUUAAAAAAGUUAACCAUGUACAAUUUCUUUAAAAUUGUUGAAUCCCCAA